AAACAAACACGGGUGAAAAUUGAAAAGAAAAUUAAGGGGCCCGCUACUAGAUAACAUAGAAGCGGUGUUCUUAUCUAUUUGGUUGGAACAUAUUCGUUUGACUUAGUAAACUCCAACAAUUAUUGAGGAGAAACCAAUGAACAUUACAAUCUUUGAGUAGUAGAAUAUAUAGUAUCUGUCAAAACCCAUAAAACCAAAUCUUGGUUGGGUUUGAAAAUGGAAACUUUAGCUCAUUCCUUUACAGUUUUACUCUGCAUUGUAUCUGUUCUUUGUUCAUAUGAAGUUAUUGGUGUGGAUGGCUAUAUUAAAUACAACACUCGAAGUGGCAUUGUUGAUGGCAAAUUGAAUGUUCAUUUGGUUCCCCAUUCACACGAUGAUGUUGGCUGGCUCAAGACAAUUGAUCAGUACUAUGUUGGAUCAAAUAACAGUAUUCAGGGUGCUUGUGUGGAAAAUGUUUUGGACUCGGUUGUUAUGUCAUUGAGCCUCAAUCCUAACAGGAAAUUCAUAUUUGCUGAAAUGGUAGCAAUUUUGUGUUCAAUGUUCUAUUUCUUCGGGAUUAAAUCAAUAAACAUCUGAAAUUAAGAGAGAAUUGCAAGUUUUGAGUUAUUUAGGUUGAUCAAAACUUAGGUCUUAGCGACUAGGCUUGGUUGAAAGGAGUCACAGAGUCAGUGUAUAACUAGUCCCCAAUGGUAUUUCAUUAAUGAAACUGUUUGCAGGCUGAAAAGUUGUGCUUAAUAUAAUUCGAUGGUCAAAUUUAGUUUA